AUGACCAGCUGGCAGCAACACGACACUCAAAUUCAGUCAAUGGACAAUAGUACAGAGCCCUGCAAGCAUUAUGAAUCUUUCGGCGAAGUGGAUGAGGAAGACGUCGGGUGGAUAGCAGAUGCAUGCGACGACCUCGCAGAAAACAUGGAUAGCGGUACAGUGCCCUAUUACUUGACCGAGAAUGCCCAUCAUCCAAUGACCCGUGAGGACCUAAUCGAGGACGGAUUGGGAUACAAUACCUCGAUCUUUGCAUCAUGCGCGGAUACGGACAACGUAUCCACCGCACUCGCACCUGGUCUGCACAUGGCAGAUCAGAAUGCGACCACAAAUGAAUACGACGCUCACACCGACGGCGAAGAGGAUCUCUUCAACGAGCAAGACCGCGAGGUGGGUACCAUUGUCGCCGCAUGCCCUCCUGCCCCUCGCCAUACUGCCAAUGGAAUGACCGACAAGGAAAUGAGCAGCAUCCAGAACGACAGGACUGGCGAGGGCUACGUGGACGUCAGAACCAACGUGUGGCCACCCGCAAGGUCACCUCAGCCGGCUCAAAUUAGUGACGCAUUGGUGGCACGUGAUGCCUCGGUAUUGUGUGCCACCACGACCACGUCCAUCGAGCGUGGUCGACCACCUCUCCCGCUCCCCGGAACCUCUUCAGCUCCCGUCAUUCCAUCAACGACGACUGUUCUGGAAGAGGAACAAGAGCAUCACUCUCACUCAAGACAGGGACUCAAGCGCAGGCGCGAUGAUGAUGCCGACGAAGACAACGAUGAAAUGGCUCAUGUCAAGACCACGACAAGCGCAGAACCCACCCAGGAGCGCAGGGCCAAUAGGGAACGUACUGAGCCGACCGUAGUGCCGCACGAAUGCCCAGUAGAUACGCUGGGGCAGGAUGUCGCCUUGCAGCUUGAGGCCUCCCUCAAAGUCGAGUCGUCGAACGGCGUGGCUUGUGCUGCAUCCACGAGGCUGUGGGAAGCACUCCUAGAGAAUCACCGGGUGCCGUAUCUCUUACUAAGGGUUGCGGAUAUGCGAUUUGAGUUGGGCAGCCAGGUCACUGCACUCGACAGUUUCAACUUAUAA